AUGAACACUGAUGAACAGUCAAAGUCACAAGAUAAAAGUGUUUAAUGUCAAAUUGGAUGUGGACAGUGCUACCAAGUGUAGUGUCGAUCUCUUUUCGGUAGAUUUUUAGGCGAAAUUUUUUGGUAGAUGGUAUACCAAAAAGCAAAAGCUUGUCGGUAAUUGAAAGUUGAAGGUCUAUACUUGUAUUUUUUGGUAGAUUUGGUGUCAAAACCGGUAUAUAGUUCGGUAAAACAGGAUUUAAAAUCAGUAGACCUGAUAACACUUGACAUAGAUUUUGUUUGCAUUAUAUGA